GGUACGGGCGCGGUGGGCGGCGGCGGAUCCGGCCAGGCCUCGGCGGGGGCGGGCACGGGCGCGCCGGGGGCCGGCGGGAGCGGAGGCCCCAUCAACCCGGCCUCACUAGCCCCCGGCGACCCGCAGCUCAUCGCUCUCAUCGUGGAGCAGCUCAAGAGCCGGGGCCUGUUUGACAGCUUCCGCCGGGACUGCCUGGCCGACGUGGACACCAAGCCAGCUUACCAAAACCUGAGGCAGAAAGUGGAUAAUUUUGUGUCAACACAUCUGGACAAGCAGGAGUGGAAUCCUACGAUGAACAAAAACCAAUUGCGAAAUGGUCUGAGGCAGAGUGUGGUCCAGUCGGGGAUGUUGGAAGCAGGAGUGGACAGAAUAAUUUCUCAGGUGGUGGACCCCAAACUAAACCACAUCUUCAGGCCCCAGAUAGAAAGAGCGAUUCAUGAGUUCCUGGCGGCCAAGAAAAAAGCAGCGGCGCCGGCGCCCCCUGCAGAGCCGGAAGGCCAGGACCCUGCAGCCCCGUCCCAGGAUGCGUCCUAAGAAUAUGGCUGACAUCUUCUGGAAACUCUUGAAUUAGCAGUGAAGAAAUGGAUUUGGUUCAUAAUGGUACAACUUCAGAAUGAAGACAGGCCGAGGUCGUCACUGAUUGCAGCCUGGACUUUGGGGCAGGGUCCAGAUUGAACAGGGAGCAAGUCUGACCUGUGUGCCCUGCAUUGUGCUGCCCUCUAGCCAGCCUGUCUGCAGGGAUGACACCCAGUAGACACUACAGCGAUCUAUAGAAACACUACAUCAACCUGGUGUUGUCCAGAGACAAACCUUGAUACUUGAACUUGGAGGAGCAUGUGAUUUUGGGGUUUGUGCUGGGGAAUGAAAAAAGCUCCAGUAAAGGAACAUAACCAGUCUCAAAGAUGCAAUUUCUUGGAAUGACAGUAAAGGUUAGCUGAGAGCAAAUUUUGACAGUGCGUAUUUGAUACAGUUUCUCAAUUACAAACUGUAAUAGAAUGCACAAGCCACUAGCAUCGAAUAGCUUUAAGUUGUUGUGACCCUGUUGUACAUGAAUCUUGUAGCUUUAGUUUCUUUUCCCUAAGAGGUGACAAAACAGGGGACCCAGAAUGCAUGAGGAGCCUCAGACAUUAGAUUAAAGGAAACGUUUGCAGGCUCUCUGUCCAGGAUAGGCAGUCUUGGGUGUGUUUAUUUUGUUCCCAUGUUUGUGGUUUUUAGAAAAGUGAAUGAUUAAUAAGUAGCUUAAGUUUUAUAAUAAAAUCUUUUGAAACUCUUG